AAAUGGACAAAAUAUUUUGUUAUUGAUUGACAGGGGAGAGUACUGCGUCGGAGACUGAAAUUAUUAUUGUGCCGUAAUAGUGUUGUCUGUUACCAUGUAGCGCGUUGAGUGUUGUCUGCAACCUUUCAAAUCCAAAAAAUAAAAAUAUAAAAUAUUUCAAACUUUUGCUUGGUUUUGAGUACUUUCAACAAUUGCAAUGUCCUCCAAACGAAAACGUGAUGUUGAAGAAUCGUUUUCAUCGCCAAGUUCAAAACAAAUGAAGAUGGAAGAGGUGACGAGGUCAGGGAGGGUGAGAAAGAAGCCAGCAAAGUUUGAUGACAGGGUUGACAUUGAUGGUAAACCAGAUGUUGUGCCAGUAACUACAUUAGUAGAAACUCCAAAAGUGACCAUUCCUGCUCCAGCUGUUGUGAAGCCAGAACCGUUCGAAGAAGUGCCAGUUGCUGAUGAAUCCAUGGUGGAUAUAAGAGAUGAAAUGUUUGAAGACUCUGGCAGUAAAGGAUCGAGAGCUCACAGGCCAAGAAAGAAGUCUGCAAAGGUGUUGGAGAUGGAAGAGUUUGAAGAAGCAGAAAAGAAAAGUACAACAGUCAAAAAGGAAAUUGUCAAGAAGGUGAAAUCUCCAGCAGCAUUAAGUGGUGUAAUCACAGGCCCAUUGACUAUUGCCACUACUCCUGUUCUUAAAAUUAAAGACAUCCCCACCAUGCCGAAGGUGGAGCCAGUUGUGAUGCCAACUAUGCCCACACAGCUCACUCCUCAGAAGUCCCCUGUAGCUGGCUCAUCCAAGUUGGCCUCACCAGGUUCAUCUAAAACACCACCAGGGAACAAAGGCAGUGUCAUCAAACUGCUGCUUAGCUCCCCAACACAGUCAGCACCAUCAGUCUCUGCAGCAAACAUUUCACAGUUAACCACAAUGACUGAUACUAAGCCUCCUGCUUCAGCAAAAAAAGCAAAAGGGAAAGGAAAAACCCCAGCCAGUGUACCUGAAACAAAGGUCACAUCAAAAAUAAAACAAGCGCUGGAAUCUCCUGGACCAGGAACCAUUCAAAUCCAGCCAAGGAUUAUUUCAAUAAAGAAAGCAGCAGCUGAGGAAGACUUGGAAGAGGAUAGUGAGUUGGCUCAUUUGGAGACAGUUGCACAUACAUCUAAAGGAAAAAAGGGGAGCAAGAAAGUGGCAGUGAAAGAUGAAUCUCCUUUUAUGCCCCCACCUGCCCCCUCACCUAAUGUGAUUCAUGUCGGACCUAUGAAUAUCGGACUUGAGGUGAAGCAAGAGAAUGAGACUUCAGUUAAGAAGGGCAAAAAGAGUAAAGUGAAAGGAGGGCAGGCAAAGUUGGACAUGGGUGAAACAAUGAUGCAGGAUGAAUUUGGAAUAGAUCUGCCGGAGAUUGAACUAGGUGGAGCUGGAAGUGAUUCCUUUAUGGACAUAGAUGAUGACGAGGACGGUUUGAUGAUUCCGGAGGAGGAAGUGGAAACGGAGAAACCAAAAAUUAUAAAAGUUGGCAAGAAGAAAAGCCCAAAAGCUAAGGGAAAGGUGCAGCUUGGAGACAUUCCAUCAGCUGAUGGUUCUGAACUUGUGAUGGACCUUGGUGGGGACAAGAAGAAAAACAUUUCCAAAAAGUCUGCCAAGUUUGAUGAUCCAUAUGAUUCUAUUGUGAGUCAGUUAAACAAAAAGAAGCGAGCGCCAACGGCCUACAUGAUGUGGUGCAGUGCAAACAGAUCUGCCCUGGUUUAUGAUAACCCAGGAAUGGACUUUUCAACCAUCAGCAAAACCCUUGGUGAGAUGUGGUCAAAUCUCUCAGAGAAACAAAAACUGGUAUGGAAAAGAAAGGCGAAGAAGGCUGCAGGGAAAGGCUCCACGCUGAUCACUACUGGUAAAGUACAAAGUGCUAGUGCCACCGGGAAGGUUCCCGCUGGGAAGAUGCUCACAGCCCGACAGGCAGCUGCUGUGUCCCAGAAAGCCAACCCUGCCCUUGCUCAGGCUCUACUGGCUGCCAAGCAGGUCCGCUCACCAGUCCUUGAUGAUAUUAACUCUCCUGUCAAGGGUUUUGGUAUUGAGCCAGUUGAUGUGGCAGCCCACCUGAAGAUAGUGGGAGAAUCACUCAGCAUCAUCGGCAUGAAGCUGCAGGAACACAGGGGUCUGAUAGCUGUCCAGGGGAGUUUAUCCGUGUUACUGGACUCUAUGUUAUGUGCAGUUGCUCCCCUUAUGUGCCUCACAGCUGUAUUGCCUGAGACUGACGGACUGCCAGCUGAGACUCACCUUAAAACACUAGACAACAUUGCAUACAUUAUGCCUGGACUCUGAUGUUCACAGACUUCAUAUUGUGUAUAGUGAAUACACCCAGUUAAUUGAGUAUUUCUGCGGUCAAUGUAGUUAUGAUCAGUUUGGGCACGGAUGUAAAUCAUAUAACAACAUUGCAUACAUCAUGCUUGGUCUAUAGUCAUUAUGUUCCGAUGUAAAUUUGUAUAUAUCUUUUUGUACAUUUUCAUCAAUCUGUCUACAUUGUGUGUUUAUGGGUUUUUUUAGUAUACAACUGCAUUGUGUUGGCAACAAAAUGUUUUAUCUUCAAGGACUCUCGGAGAAGUGGUCAGAUAAAUCUUAAACGCUAACUCUGGCCAAGUGUUAUGAUAACAUAGAGAUCACACCAUGUUUUCUUUUGGUUAAUUGUUGCUCAUUAUUAGGAUGGGUUUUGCAAGUCCAGUAGUGCAAUAGUGCUUUUACCUGUUCUUUUUAUCAAACAUUUUUAUUUAUGAAUUCAUUAGCAGAUUAUGUUAAAACUAUUUUGUUAAGUAUAUAAUGAAACACUUCAUGUCUUUAUUCUUUCUUUGUUCCAAUGGAACAUGUUGACUUUAUAAUGCAAAUAAACUAAUAGG